CGGUGUUAAGCUGGUGUCGGCUGCCUGGCACGGGCUGGUUGGUCGGUCGGUUGAGGGUAGCCAUGGCUCGACUCGCUGCGCUACUGCUGUUGCCGGUUCUCAUUGAAUCUGUAUUUUCCAUUUCUUUCUUUUUACCGGUCAACUCAAGAAAGUGCUUACGAGAGGAGAUCCACAAAGACGUCCUCGUCACGGGGGAGUAUGAAAUAAGCGAACAGGCGAACACCAAAACUAACCUGAAGAUCACAGAUUCAUCCAGCCACACUCUUUACUCCAAGGAAGAUGCAACAAAAGGAAAGUUUGCCUUCACCACUGAGGACUAUGACAUGUUUGAGGUGUGCUUCGAGAGCAAAUCACCCAUGGGGACUGGAAGAGUGCCUGACCAGCUGGUCAAUCUGGACAUGAAGCAUGGUGUGGAAGCCAAAAACUAUGAAGAGAUUGCCAAAGUGGAGAAGUUGAAGCCCCUUGAGGUCGAGCUGAGGCGACUGGAGGACCUGUCAGAAUCCAUCGUCAAUGACUUUGCAUACAUGAAGAAGAGAGAGGAGGAGAUGCGGGACACCAACGAGUCCACCAACACACGUGUGCUGUACUUCAGCAUAUUCUCCAUGUGCUGUCUCAUCGGCCUGGCCACAUGGCAGGUCUUCUACUUGCGGCGCUUCUUCAAGGCAAAGAAGCUGAUCGAGUAAAGCGAUCGCCUAGCUCCUUACCUCGGGGGAAGCUGCCUGCCAGUCAGCCACCACAUCCCAACAUCCACCCUCUUUGGACUAGCUUCAGCAAACAACAGCAAGUGGGGUCGAGGGGCUCAAAUUCUAGUUUUCACAGCUGUAAGAGAAAGAGUACCAGGGCUGUCCUCUGAAAAGUGAUUCACCUGCUUAUUUAGUGAUUUAAAACAUGAAAAGCGCUGUAGGGAGAAAUGCACUGUGAGACAUGGGAGGCGUAUGUCACUGCAUUAGUGAGAUACGUCCAUCUCAUGGUCCUUCACGUUUCUGUCUGCACUGUUUUGAAUGUUGCAGCUUACUGAAUAAGAACUUGUUCCUUCAAUCAGUUGAACAGUGAUGUUUGAUUUUGAGCUCUGUUUGAAUGGAUGUGCCAUGAGCGAAUGUCUUUUGCCCUUCUGUUGAUAUACACAUUAUUUGCCAUGCCAAGCAAACUAGAUCCUUGGUUCCCUUUUAUCAAGUGAAGGCUAUUUGAAAAGUGGUUUGUUGUUACUUUGACGAGAAAAUUGGCAACCACUUAACCUCUGUGUUAUGUCACUUAAUUUGCAUACAUGUUUGGUAGCUAAAUUUAACCGUGUCUUUAGUUUGUUUUCAUAUUGUAAAUGCUACUUAGUUGCUUCAACAGGUAUAUUUUCUGGGGUGGGGCGUUGUGAGUUGUCAGAGUAAUAUUCUGCUAGUUAUAAAUUAGGUCACUUCUAUGAGCUCUUGCACGUUUUUGUUUUUGAAACACCUGAAUAUUAGUUUGUCACCAAUCAAAGGUAGCCAGAACCAAAAACCGUGUUUAUUAAGUAAUUUAACCACCUGACUUCUGUGAUACGGUUCAUAUAUACUUGUGCAAGUUUCUCUUGUCGGAGUGCAGUGGACAGAGGUUUUCAGGGGAAAUGUAAAGUAUUCUAUCCAAACAUUGUGAAAUUUCCUUUCAGUCAUACAACUUCUUUCUUCACUUACUGUUUAAUUCAGCUGUCCUUUUUGUAAUUUUCAGAAUAUCACUUCCCAAUUACAGUACUUGCGGAUCCAUCCAGCGUGCUUCUUUUUGUUAGAAAUACUUAUGAGUCUUGGGUUACAUAAGAAUGUGGGUGGUUGCAAAUAUUCAGAUUGUUUUUGACAGGGAUUAAUUGAGGCAUCGGUCAUGGAUACAUUUUUAACAAAUGCGCAUUGUGCGCAAUCAAUGAUUUUUAUGUUGACUGAUAAAUUUUGUAAAUUUGUGUUGGGCUUUUAUUCAAUAAAAUAUUGGAUGGAUUUACAUUA